GGAGACUAGCAAAAAGAAACACGCAGCUCGAUCGCUAUUCCCCAGUAUGUCGACAUGAGUAUGCGUCAUAGAUGUUGAUGGUGCAGAAGUAGAAGACGAAGAGAAAGAAGUGCAAUUAUGGCCCGGAGCGAAGUAGCGCAGUCGCCACUUGAACAGCGCCCGGGGGCCGUCUCUGGUGCGAUCUCUCCAACGCCGGCGCCCCGAAGUAAACGCACGCUUAUAGCCGGCGCCACCUUCGGCGUCUCCUGCGCCCUCUCCAUCUCCGUGGCCAUCUUCUUCAUUAUCUGGCUCUCGGUCCGGCUGACCGCCAUGCGGCGCAAUGACACCGUCCUCCGGGAGACGCCGUUCUGCUGCCCCCGCGAGGCGGCCGAACUGUUCGCCGUCAUCGACAACCAGGCGGCGCCCUGCGAGGACUUCUUCGCGUACGUCUGCAGGAACGCCGUCGACCGAGUCUUAACACAGCGGAACGUUGAGCACGACAUUUUGUGGGACAUCGAUACGCACAUCCUCACGGGCACCUCAAACUACGGUGUAAAAGCCGCUGCAGCACUUCAGGCGUUGUACAGAUCAUGCGUCACGGAGAUAUGGCAGCCAGAUCUGCGACUGAGAGACACCCUGGCGGCCGUUUUUGAAAUCGCCAACACCACGAAGCGCAUGAGCCGCGCCCAACUUCUGCGCUUUGCCUUGGAAGUCCAGACACGGUACGAUCUCCCUUUCUACUUCGUUGUUUACGACUACCACGGUGACAUCUACUUCAUAAGGAAAUUGCUCCGGGUCGCGGCCUACAGACGUUUUUGCGACGACGCCUGUUAUUCCACCGCCCUGUCCGCAUUUAACGCGCACUUCGGCGCAAACUGCACGAAGGAGCAGAUAGCUGCGUGGGAGCAGCUGUUUACUGACGACCACACUAAACAGGAUGUCAUCUCUUGGAACGAGCUUUCCGUGGUUUUCGGAGGCAUGGAAGCGGGACAGUUCAAGGCCAUAUUGCGCGAGUUCUUUAUCGACGUCGGCACCAAGGACUUUGCAAUUCAGCAGGAGCUGUUAGCCGACAUAGAGCGUCUUUGGAACGUCGCUAAUCAGCCCCUGUCGCUGUGUCACGCGCUGAUCGUCGUAGCACUUAGUGCCCUGAAAUGGAUCGUCUUCGGAGACGCAGAGUUAAACUCGCCCGCGCUGCGUAGCGCACAAGUCUGCCAGUUUCACCUCGUUGGAAAAGAGCAGUUGUGGAGGGCCACUUACGUCGCGGCCCUCACGAGCCCCGACAAGGACCGUCAACUGCGCGACAUCUUCGAGGCGACACGGCGGAGCUUCGUCGGUUACCAGCCGCUUCGACAGCUCGUGGCAGCCGGAAACGACACCGCGAACUUCGAGAAACUUACUCGGAGCUUCACUCUCAUGCUUCCGGGUGACCUCGUCCUGCCGGAAAUGGGCGUGCCCGCGUUGAACAACAGCGGUUUCGUGCGCAACAUCUUCCGCGCGACGAGCUUCGAGUACGACGCAACAGUUGAGAAGGAGCGACGAGGACUGCCUGCCCUUCCCCAGAGUUUCCUGGAAUAUGCGGCAGAACGAAUCAUGUUUGUAAACAAGAGCACUCUCUACGUCAGUGCGCCAGCGUACGCCUGGCUGAGCGCCGGUACCGCCAAUCCUCUACUCGCGGAUGCGCCGGUCAUUGCGAGCCGCAUGGCGUACUCGAUGUGGAGAAAGGUCCACGAACGGAGUGGCUGGUCUACAAGGACACAGGCCGUGCUUAAGUCCUUUCAGUAAGGUCUUUGCCGUUACCUAAAAAUACCUAGAAACCUAAAAAGCCUAAAACCUAGAACCUAGAAAUAAUAAUAAAUUCCUGCAUUUUGUCGAAUUCGUAUUUUACGGUUGGAUCGGCUUAUAGAUCAAACCACACCAAAUCUAAUAUUUAGUUACGUUACCACGAUCACCACGAUCACUAAAUACGAGUACGCUCUUUUGUACUUACUAAAAGUAUACAACACUGCGGAAUUCCGCAAACUGCACAAUCGCGAAACAUGUUCGAGACGGGACAGUUCUUGCUUGGGUGAUUGUAGCUACGGGG